GUUUGAAGUAGUGUUGUGUUGUGUUGUUCGUCAAGUCUUCCCUUCCAAAUUUAUAGCCGAGUCCAUUGAAACGGUUUGAAAGAAAAAGUGUGUUUUUUUCUUUAAGAUCUAUGGCCAAACCAAGUGGACUCUCCAUUGAUUCAGAUCCAUUCUUCCUCUUCCUUCAAUUUUCUUUUUAUCCCACUCAACCACCACCACCGCCCCUCUCCCCCUCCCCCUCAUGGAUGCCGCCGCUCCUUCCCCUUCUCCUCCUCCCCUCCAGUUUCCGGUUAACCUCAAUUCCACCCUCCCCGAUCCCCACGAUUCUCCUCCUCCUCCUCCUCCUCCUCCUCCUCCCCCCCCCUCCGCCGCCUCCGCCUCCUGCCCACCGCCCCUUCUUCGACGAAAUGAACUUCUUCCCCUCCGAUGAUAAAUCCCGAGUCCUUUCUACUUCUCACUCCAAUCUUACUCCCACCAAACUCCCCUUCAAUAAUGUUAAUACCGGGUUGAAUCUCUUGACGACCAACUCGUGUAGCGAUCAAUCCAUGGUGGAUGAUGGAGUUUCACCAAACCCAGAAGAAAAAAGAGUGAAAAACGAGAGAGCAGUCCUUCAAGCUGAAUUGGAGAGGAUAAACUCAGAGAAUCUAAGAUUAAAAGACAUGUUAAAUCAAGUGACGAGCAAUUACCAAACUCUACAGAUGCAAUUCAAUACACUAAUACAAACCCAGAAAACAGAAGACGUCGGUGACCCAAUUGAGGAAAACGCCGACGGCAGUGGUGGCGGAGGGAAUAAUAAUAACAACAACAACAACAAUAAUACAAAUAUUAGUAAUAAACUGGUGCCGAGACAAUUUAUGGAUCUUGGAUUAGCUACCAAUAUGGAGAACGAUGAGGAGUCGAUGUCUUCGUCAGAAGGAAGGAGUGGGGAGCGCUCCCGGUCGCCGGGAAACACCGGAGAAGUAGCAUCGAAACGGCAUAGCCCAGAUCAAUCUUCCAAUUGGGGUUCCAAUAACAAUAAUAAUAAUAAAGUUCCAAAAUUCAGUUCUUCAUCGGGUAAAGAAGUGGAUCAAACUGAAGCUACUAUGAGAAAGGCUAGAGUCUCCGUUCGAGCCAGAUCAGAAGCACCCAUGAUAACAGAUGGAUGUCAAUGGAGAAAAUAUGGACAAAAAAUGGCGAAGGGAAACCCUUGUCCACGAGCUUACUAUCGUUGCACAAUGGCUCUCGGCUGCCCGGUUAGGAAACAAGUACAAAGAUGUGCAGAAGACAAAACAAUAUUGAUAACAACCUACGAAGGAAACCACAACCAUCCAUUGCCGCCGGCAGCCAUGGCCAUGGCAUCUACCACAUCAUCGGCGGCAAGAAUGCUUCUAUCAGGAUCCAUGUCAAGUGCUGAUGGUUUAAUGAACUCCAACUUUUUAGCAAGAACCUUAUUACCUUGUUCUUCAAGCAUGGCUACAAUCUCAGCCUCAGCUCCAUUUCCCACCGUCACAUUAGACCUAACUCAAACCCCUAAUCCUUUAUUCCAACGCCCAGCCCCUGGUCACUUCCCGAUCCCAUUCGCAGCGGCCGCUCCCCCUCAAACCUUCCCACAGAUCUUUGGACAUGCUUUAUACAAUCAAUCAAAAUUCUCCGGCCUCCAAAUGUCUAAGGAUAUCGAAGCACCGUCUCCUCCCCCACCUACGCAAAAUCCAUUUACCGACACGUUGAGUGUGGCGGGUGCAGCCAUCGCGUCUGACCCCAAUUUCAUUGCGGCCUUGGCAACAGCAAUGACGUCGCUGAUCGGGGGAUCGCAUCAUCAGAAGGAGAAUGGUAAUGGCAGUAGUAAUGUUGAUAAUAAAACAAGUAGCAACUCCCAACAGUAACACCAAGAACAACAACAACAAUGUUAUAAUUGCCAUUUUAAGAACCAAGAAAAGAACUUUUUUUUCUUUUUC